GCAUCGAGAAACGAACGGCCACCAGUGACAACCGAGACGUUGCUUGUCUUGUCGUUCGGUUCUCGCUUCCCGUCGACUAAACCUCUCACCCUAAUUCGCUCGAGGUGGCCAUCUUCUUGUAAAUGAACGCGUCGAACCGACGACCAGCAGUGAAUGUCCCUCCAAGCUGCUCCACAAACGUUACGAGGGUAAUUCGGUUCCGAAACUAUAAUCUUCUUCCUUGAAAAGGUGAACAAGCAUCCGUGAAUCAUCUUUCGUCACAAUAUUCUUUUUGGAGCCGCUUAAAAGGGUAUUAGAGCGUCGAAGGAGUGUUUCGAGAGUCCUCGAGGAGUGUCCAAUCGUUCUUUGAGGGGGAAAAGGAUACGGUCGAAUCGAAAUCAUGCAGAUCAAGGAUAAAAGAGCGAUCGUGACAGGAGCUGCGAGUGGCUUGGGUCUGACCAUUAGCAGAGAGCUGCUGCGAAAUGGCGUCGCUAUGGUCGCCAUGAUAGACAUUCGCGAGACCCAUGGGAUGCAAGCGAUGAACACGCUGAACGCGGAAUUCGGUCGCAAUCGAGCUGUGUUCUUUCGUUGCGACGUCGCCAACAAUUCCGAAUUCGACGAGACCUUCAAGAAAGCUGUGAGCACGCUGGGCGGUCUGCAAAUUCUGGUAAACAAUGCCGGCGUGAUUAAUGAAAGCGACUUCGCAAAAGCCAUCGACGUGAACGUGACCGCCGUGAUACGCGGGACGCUUCUAGGAAUACAACAGAUGCAAAAGGACGCCGGAGGCAAGGGUGGCGUUAUCGUGAACGUUUCGUCUGUGGCUGGUCUCUGCUCGUUAUCGCAACUUCCGGUGUAUUCGGCCACGAAACACGCAGUGGUUAGCUUCAGCCGUUCGUUUGCUCAACCCUAUCACUAUCGGAGGACAGGCGUCAGGAUAAUAGUCCUGUGCCCCGAAUUCCAGCCACUUUCGAACGAUCUUCCGGAGAGAGAACCGAUAAAUAAAUACCAACCGCAGAAGGUGGACAGCAUCGCUCACGGGCUCGUUUACGUGAUCAGGUGCGCGCAAAAUGGAAGCGUCUGGAUCAGCGAGGACGGGAAGCCCGUUUACGAGAUCCAGAUGUGCGACAGUCUGCCGCAAAAAUCCGACGAUCUCGAGAAUGAGCACCACCAUAAGACUGGCGUUCGAGUUUUGGUGUUGUGCCCUGGCUUCACGAAUACUACGUUGCUGGCUACCUACCAGACGAAGAUGCUCGAUUUCGUCAGUAACACGGACGUUCAGAAAUUGGUCAGCGACCAUCCGUUGCAGUCGGCCGAAAACGUGGCGAAUGCUUUGGUCAGUCUCGUCCAGAAUGGUCAGAACGGAGCUGUCUGGGUCAGUGAAGGCGGAGAACCGCCGUACGAUGUCGAAUUCCCGCCAGUCAAGAAGGUGAAUCACUGAGGACGUUAAACG